AUGUCUGCUGCUCAAGUCUUGUUCAACACUGCUCCCAGUAUCUCUGUAGCCGCUGAACCCAAACGCAGAGGCAGCUGGGUUCCUACACGGCGCAAAUCAGAAUGUCCCCUCGACGUCUCAAUCGAUAGACAUUUCGAAGCCAAGAUCUACACAUCAGGCUCAACAAUCACAGGCUCAGUAUCCCUCUCACCACAAGCAAACCUCACAGUCGAUGCCUUUGAGAUUGUCUUUUCCGGGUCAUCAUCCACCAUCGUGCAGAUGCUGCAUCAAGGCUCCAUGCCCAAGUCCGCUCACAAGUUCCUCCUGCUAAGAAUGCCAAUUCCUGAAAGUGCUCUGCCGGAAGAUGGUGUGCUGCAGGCUGGGUUUACUUAUCAAGUACCUUUUUCUUUCGUCAUUCCGUAUCAGCUUCCUAGUGCGGCUUGUAGGCAUCGCAAUGCUAUGAUUCGGGAACGGCAUUUGCAGUUGCCGCCUACUGUGGGGCCGGCGUGGGAGCAUGAUGAUAUGGCUGUUCAUACUGUCAAUAUCACCUAUGGUGUUGAGGCGCGAGGGUGGUUCGUGACUGGAAAGGGAAAGUCGUUGACUUUGGAGAGGACGCAUCCUGUCAAGGUUAUGCCUUUCCUUCCGGAGCAACCUCCUCUGCAUAUCGUACCUGGCAACCCACGUUAUGUACUCUCUCAAGAGAAGACCAUCCGAAAAGAUAUCCUCUCAUCCAAAUUGGGUUUCAUCAGAGCCUCAACUCUGCAACCCGACCCUGUCAAAAUCACAAGUGACAAGCUUCAACCAUCUGACAUCUCAUUGAACAUCGAUCUCGAGUUUUGGCCAAACGGCAACAAAGAGCCACCAGAGAUUUAUGCAAAGUCAGCUUCCAUCAAAGCAUCCACAUAUUACUCCACAGGCCAUCUGAGCUUUCUUCCCGACCAACACAGCUUCCCCAGCGUGAUGCCAAACCCCAUUCUAAGUUUCGUCCUCGAUGAGAACGCAACAGUCACAUGCCCCAAACCCAACUGGCGCCUCAACUCAUCAUCAACACCUUCACCACCAGUAUCUCGUCGAGGUUCAGAAUAUUCAGAAGUAGGCGAUGCACCACCGCGAAAUGCACCCCGACGAGGUUCCAAGAGCAGUGAUAUCAUCCGGACUGAAGCGCCAAGACAUACAGCCUCACUGCCCAUUUCCAUUACGCUGCCAAGUCCGGACUCUAGGAUCUUGCUACCGACAUUUUUCUCUUGUCUUAUUAGUCGAACGUACACGCUUGAGAUCAUUCUUGCUUCGAGAGCGCAUGGUUCGAGUUUUACAUUGCGGCUUCCGAUCCAGAUUGCUGUUGAGGGUGAGGGUGAGACUGGAGUCAACCACGUACCGACUUAUGAGCAGGUUCAAGCAAACCAAGAUCUCUUCGAUACCCUUCCCACUUACAACAUGAUCCAUUGA